AGAAAAGAGGCUGAAAGUCCCUGUUGUCGAAGUCGCUCCAACCUCGGCAUGCUGAACUCCUUUGUGUGCAUGUGCUGAUGAGACAAUAAGUCUCACAUCCUGCUGGCAGCUCUUUCCCACCAGCCUCUCCCAGUUAAACCAGUGUGACCGAAGACAUCAAAGAAGAAAUGCGUCUGUGUAUCACCACAAAGGAUAAAAGAAGGCUGACAUAGACUUCAGAUUUUGAAGCCUAAAUUAACAUAAAGUUCACGAUGAUUCCCCGUUGCAGAUUCAGAACCUUAAUUCUCCUGUGCGUCCUGCAGGGGGCAGCAGUGGUGCUGUUCUAUGACUGGUACACCAGGAUCAGCCCCCGUCACUCUCCUCCCCCUGAAGAAGGCCGCAAGGUUCACGUUUUGCUGCUGUCGUCAUGGAGAUCUGGUUCGUCCUUCCUGGGUCAGGUGUUCAGUCAGCACCCGUCUGUUUUCUACCUCAUGGAGCCCGCGUGGCACGUGUGGACUAGAAAUCACAAAUCCGGGGCAAAGAGUCUCCGAGUGCCUGUGAGGGAAAUGCUGUGGGGUUUAUACAAGUGCGACUUCUCGCUGAUCAGAGACUACUUGCCAGGAAACCCUCGUCUGUCCUCCUUUUUCAUGUGGACCCGGAGUCAGGCGCUGUGCUCGCCGCCGGCCUGUCCCGUCAGAUCAGCCAAUGAGAGUCACUGCAGCCAAGCGUGUCACUCUGCAAGCCUGGACAAAGCGCAGGACGCCUGCGCAAAAUACACUCAUGUGGUUUUAAAAGAAACUCGCUUCUUUGAGUUGGAGUCCCUUUAUCCCCUUCUGCUGGACCCCAACUUGGACUUCCGAGUGAUUCAUCUGGUCCGGGACCCUCGGGCGGUGAUGCGGUCCAGGGAGGAGUCGGCGUACCUCCUUGACAGAGAUGGCGUGAUGGUCCUGGAGCACAGAAACGUGUCCGCGGCCGAUAGGCAGUACGAAGUCGUACGAGAAAUCUGCCGCAGUCACCUGGACAUUUAUGAGAGGGGGGUCCUCGACCCGCCUCCGUUUCUGGAGGGUCGCUACAAACUGGUUCGCUACGAAGACGUGGCACGAAACCCACUAACAGAGUUGAAUAGUAUUUAUGAGUUUGUAGGUUUAAAGAUGACCUCUGAGGUGGAGGAAUGGGUCCAAAAGAUGACGCAUGGACGGGGGAAAGGCGGCGGGAACGUAGCUUUUAAAAUCACCUCCAGGAACGCAUCUGAAGUGUCGCAGGCUUGGCGCACCGUGCUGAAGCACAGCAAGGUCCAGCGCAUCCAGGAGCUGUGCAAAGGCGCCAUGUUGCUGCUCGGCUACAGGACGGUAGAGAGCGAAGAAGAACAGAAGAGACUCGAUAUCGACCUGUUAGACCCUGGGCAGCCAUAAAGAGCUCAGCUUCCAGGUUAGACCAAAAAAGUAGGGGUGCACCGAUUUAUCGGCCGGUCGAUUUCCUUAAUUGGGAGAUUAGUGAUCGGCCGAUUUUUACAUGUGAAGCCGAUGCUAUCAACCUCGGCAAAGGUCUGAAAA